AUGGAGAAGAAGACUGCAAAGCAAGUACAAGGUGGCGCCGGCGGUGGCGGGUCUAACGGUGGGUACUCUGCCCCGAGGGCCUACAGUGUGACGCAGGCCGCGCCUCGCAGACCCUCGAACGGCGGCUCAUCCGCCUUCUCCACAGGAAAGGGCAUCAGCGGAGGUUCCAUCUCCACAAGGACGUUCUCCGCGCCUCGCAUUGUGAAGGGAAGCUCAAAGUCUUCGGGAGGCGGCGGCUACGGUGGAUCCGGUGGUGGGCAGUCGUCCGGAGGCGGCGGUUAUGGAGGAUCCGGCGGUGGACAAUCGUCCGGAGGCGGCGGUUAUGGAGGAUCCAGCGGUGGACAGUCGUCCGCAGGCGGCGGUUAUGGAGGAUCCGGCGGUGGACAGUCGUCCGGAGGCGGCGGCUAUGGAGGAUCCGGCGGUGGACAGUCGUCCGGAGGCGGUGGCUAUGGAGGAUCCGGCGGUGGACAAUCGUCCGGAGGCGGCGGUUAUGGAGGAUCCAGCGGUGGACAGUCGUCCGCAGGCGGCGGUUAUGGAGGAUCCGGCGGUGGACAGUCGUCCGCAGGCGGCGGUUAUGGAGGAUCCGGCGGUGGACAAUCGUCCGGAGGCGGCGGCUAUGGAGGAUCCGGCGGUGGACAGUCGUCCGGAGGCGGUGGCUAUGGAGGAUCCGGCGGUGGGCAGUCGUCCGGAGGCGGCGGUUACGGGGGAUCCAGCGGUGGACAAUCGUCCGGAGGCGGCGGUUAUGGAGGAUCCGGCGGUGGACAGUCGUCCGGAGGCGGCGGUUAUGGAGGAUCCGGCGGUGGGCAGUCGUCCGGAGGCGGCGGUUACGGGGGAUCCAGCGGUGGACAAUCGUCCGGAGGCGGCGUGAGCUGA